GUUCAGACGCUCCCAUUGUAUAGGAGUGUGAUCAGCCUGCUGCUUAGACGUUGCUGCCUGGGUUGCAGCCUCCUUAUUCAGCACUAAGAUGUCUACCCUAGAGCCACCACCUGUCAAAAGACACAGGAAGUCAAAGCAUCUGCAGUGUAGAGCAUGUGACACACUUCUCCCAGAUGACUAUGGGAAAAGGUUUUGUAAGGACUGUCUGUCCUAUCUGGCUCACAAGGAUGUUGAAGCACUUCCUGAAGCUUCUUCUUCGUGGAUUAAGGAGUUUAUAAAAUCAACUAUGAAGGAUAUGUUUAACCAGUUGCAACCUGGCCCAGUCCCUAUUGCGGAUGAUAUUGUGAAUUCUCCUACAAUAGUUAAUCCUAUAUCUUUAGACGGAUCAACUCAGGAUUCAUCCUCGGAUGAGGAAGAAAUCUUAGCCUUGUUUCCGGUGGAAAGCACUGCGAAAUUGAUCAGGAGAGUAAGGUUAACGAUGGAAUCUCUGGAAAGCGAGGAUUCGCAGGCAACCACUUCUCAGGUAGCUAAGAAAUCUAAAAAUUUUCCGGUUCACCCAGUCAUGAAAGAUUUAAUGACUAGAGAGUGGAAAAAUCCUGAAAAGCCUCCGUCUAUAACAAAAAGACAAAAGCUUUUGUUUCCCAUUCAGGAAGAGGAGAUACAGUCCUGGGGGACUCCUCCGAAAGUAGAUGUAGCCAUUGCCAGACUGUCUAAUAAAACACUCAUUCCUGUGGAAGAUGGUUCAGGUUUAAAGGAUCCUAUGGAUCGCAAGAUGGAGUCCUUACUUAAAAGAGUUUAUAAUACGGGUACAGCUAUUUGUAAGCCAGCCUUGGCUGCCUCGGCAGUGGCUAGAUCAACCAGGCAUUGGCUCAAACAAUUCACGGAGGAUAUCAACAACAACAUAUCCCGUGUGGAGCUUCUGGAAUCCCUGGAAAAGGUCAAUAUGGCAGUUGAGUUCUUGUGUGACUCAUCCAUUGAAAGUAUUAAGCUAGCUGCGAAAACUAUGGCUUUAUCUACAGCAUCCAGAAGAGCUUUAUGGCUAAGAACCUGGUCAGCUGAUUCAGUAUCCAAAAACAGCUUAUGUGCCAUGGCAUUUGAACCAGGUCGUCUCUUUGGAUCAGAGCUGGAUAAACUUUUGGAAUCUUUGUCAGGCUCUAAGAAUAAGCGUCUUCCUCAGGAAAACCAAUCAAAUAGGAGCAAAAAUUCCUUUUUCCGGAAUAGAAGAACAUCACCUAAAAGAGAUAACUACUUUCAAAGAGACAGAAGAAGGAACGAUACAAAUUCCUUUCGGCCCAAUAGAGCAUUCAAUUCUUCCAGAGGUGAGAGAGGAUUUGGGAAAACCUUCCCACCAAAGAAAAGGCCAUCCUUCUGA